CUCAUUCAUUAUCCUCCUCCAGUCCUCCAUCUCUCAAUUUCUCUCUCGUUUUCUGAAAUUAAAUCAAAAGUAAACACAAUGAUGACGCCGGUGAAGAAACAUGUCUCCAUUAGACCUGUUACUUUCUACGGAAACGGGCUUCCCCGACCUCGUUUCUUUGAUAAUCCUAAGUUCAACGCUUACCGUGUUGAUCCUCCCGUUUCUGUGCUUGAUCCGCUUCUCUCAUGGGCGAGAGACGCUCACUGGUCCAUGGGUGGUCUCAACUUCACUCGUCUCCGUCUCCAAGGCCGAAUCGAAGGAAACGUCAACAAGCUCCGUGCUCAGCUUGAGAAAUCUAGCCCUGUGAAACUCGAAUCUGGAAUCUCCGAGAAGAAGAAGAAGAAGAGAUCUGGUUCUGAGUCUCCUCCUUCUGCUCCGAUUGUGGUGAAACGAAGGAGGUAUUUAGAUCUGAACGAUUCUGAUGAUGAGGAGGUUGGAUCUGAAGAUGAAGGUGUGGUGAGAAUCAGGAGAAAACUCUCUGAUGAUUUUGAUAGAGUUGCUGGAGAGAGUAAGGUCAAACUUGUUGAAGCCAACAAGAAAUCGAUUAAAUCUGAAUUAGUGGAGAAGACGAGAUUGAAGGAGAAGAAGAAGAUUGAGAAAGUGAACAAGACAAGUUCAACGAGGUCAUCUCCAAGAUUGGCUAAGCGUAGCUCUAGUUAGUCUCCUUAAUAAUUUCUCUGUAGGGUUUAGAUUUGAUGAGUAUAGUUCAUGAAAAUGCUACUUUGGUUUUGGAUUUGUGCUUAUAAAUAUGAAUUUAUCUU